AUGGGUCUUUUUACGACUAGCCUUGCUGUGGGUGGUACCUAUAGCCUCAUUAAAGCUGCAUCGAAGGCCGCCGCUGAACAUGAGGAGCAGGACCAGAAAUACAAGGAAAAUCUCCAGCCUGCUGCCCAAAGGCUCCGUCAUGCUUCCCAGCAACAGUACUAUCUUAAUAACAGGCGGCGAAUGGGCUAUAAGAAUGGUAGCCAAAGGAAGAACCCUGAUGUCCAAUCAUCGUACCCUAUACACGGGCCGCGCUCAAACCAUGAGAGCAGUGUGAACAAGUCUAAGACACAAGCACAAUCCCAGUCGACCCACCAGCCGUCAAUAUGCUGCACAAGCACAAAGACCAUGGAGGACCCUCCGCCAUACGACCCUUCACCACAGGCACAAUCCCAGUCGACCCACCAGCCAUCAAUGUGCAUAAGGGCCAUGGAGAACCCUCCUCCAUACGAUCAGAGCCACCUAUACGAAAUGCAGGGACAUAGUAAGGCUGGAUCAUAUUAG